AUGGGCAGACAACCGAGGCUGGAGGAACUCUACGAAUCCGUAUUUGACGCAACAUGGAGUCACGUCGUGGGAUUUCCCGAGGGCGAAGGGGAAGACAUGGUGGUGCGAAUGGAGGUGAGAGAGGGCCAACGGCCACAAGAGUUAUGGGAGUACACGCAGACUGUGCGUACUUUUCUCUCAGUGGGUGGUGAGGAGCAGUUCCGUCCACCACGCCCACGACUCAUGAUCCUUUCCUCUGAACAGCGAUGGCCGUACUCGCUGAACCAUGCAGUGCCUAUUGCCGACUGCUACAUUAACAUUGAGGUGCAUCGGGUGUGGAAGAUCGUCGAGGGCGAUCUAAAAGGAGUGUUUCUCCCUCCAGAUAUAGACGCACCAUACAUGAGACGUCAUCUUUUGAUUGGAACCCCCGGGGUAGGGAAGUCAAUGGCGGCUGGCUCCUACCUCCUUUAUCAGCUGCUGCACUACGAUGCCACGAAGCUCCAUGUGGUUGUGUACUGCUUUGGAAGGAAUUUUCGCAUACUUGUUUGA